AUGAGUGGAAUGUGCCAACUUAAAGCAUUGUCUUUAGCCAAAGAACUAGGCAUUAGCAGUUUCAAAGCUAGCCGGGGCUGGCUAUCAAGAUUUUUCAACAGAAAUGGUUUAGGAUUCCGGAGGAAAACUACUAUCGCUCAGUGGCUUCCAGGUGAUUACGAGGAAAAAAUAGUGAAUUUUCAUUGUUAUGUGAUAAAUCUGCACCGUAAACAGUCCUAUAUAUUGCUUGAACAGUCCACAGAUCAAACGCCAGUCUAUUUUGAGAUGCUGCUCGACAACACAGUGAACAGGAAAGAAGAAUUCAGCAUCAUGAUACGAACUGGUGGCAGUGAGGAACAAAGAUGUACAGUGAUGCUGUGUGUAACUGGCGAUGGACAAAAGCUACCACAUUACAUAACAUUUAAAAGGAAAACUAUUCUGAAAAUAUGUGGAUGGACAUUGAACUUAUAA